AGGGCGACCAUGGGAAGAAGGCGGUGGGGGAGGGGUGGCUGCUGACAGUGUCGCUGGUGGAGGGGGAGAACAUCGGCGAUGCGGGUGUGGUGAUGAAGGCAGACCCUUUCGUGGUCUUUGCUUGCAGCGGCAAGACUCGCACCAGCUCUGUCAAGCUGCAGACCAACAUGCCCAAGUGGAAUGAGGUGCUCGAAUUCGACGCCAUGGAGGACGCACCUUCCAUUCUCGAGAUCGAGGUUUUCAACUACGAUGGACCCUUCUCGGAACCUUCCCUGCUCGGCCGGGCAGAAAUAAACUUCCUCCGCCAGUCAGCGCAGGACCUGGCGGACCUCUGGGUGCCGCUGGAGGGCAGGCGGGCGAAAGUUCAAGCUGCCCGGAUCCGUGUUCGGGUGCUUCUGACCAAUACCUCAGAGGAUGUGGCCCCUCUGGUGCUUCAGAAGAUCAGCAAGGAAGUGGGCAGCAAGGUGGGACCCAAUGCUCCUUCGGAGGCUGCGGCCUCUCUGGUGCUUCAGAAGAUCAGCAAGGAAGUGGGCAGCAAUUUGAGGGAAGUGAGGAGAGGGCGGCAAGACACCCUCUCACUUACCUUCAUGUCCCCUCCCCCUUGCCUUCCCCAUCCUUCACCUCACCUCAUAAAGGGGGCAUGCGGGAGUUUGCAGCGCAAAGGAAUACAGCCUUCCAGCGCAUCGUUCCACACGUGCCAUGCAUUGCAGUUAACCACGCCACUCCAUCUCUCCCCUUUCCCCUCCCCUUCAUUCCACCAGGGCGGCGUGCGGGAGUUUUCAGCACAGAAGAACGCAGCCUUCCAGCGCCUAUUCAACCUACCAGAGAGCGAGUGCCUCAUAAAUGACUUCUCCUGCAUUCUCAAGAAAGGGCUGCUCUCCCAGGGCCGUCUCUUCCUCUCCCCGCGCCUCCUCGCCUUCUACUCUUCUGUCUUUGGCACGCGCAUCAAGUUCACCCUCCUCUGGGAAGACAUAGACGAGAUUGACGACAGCGUGCCGUCUCUCUUCGACCCGCCUUCACUCUCCUCUCAAAAAGACGCCAAGUCGCAGACAACCCCACCUUCAUUGACAAGGUUGCUAACGACCAAGAACCAGACGGGCUCCGCCGCCCAGAAGCCACCGGCUGCCGCCGCCCAGAAAUCGUCCAUGACAACCUUCAAGCGCAUGCUGAACCCUGCGAUCACCGUCUUCGUCAAAAAGGACAAGGGGACGGCGGAAACCCGGGCGGCGGCGCACGGAGUGGACUCCCAGGGGCGGCUGAAGAUCCGAUUCCAGUCUUUUGUCCGCCCGGGUGUGGCCUUCCGCCUCGUCCUUGCCUUGUGGCGCAACCGCAACCUCCCCACCGACCAGCAGCUAGCUCGCGCCAAGGAGGAGGGGGAUGCAAGUAGCACUGGUGGGGAGAGAGGCGAGGGUGCCAAUGUGGGGAGGGACGGGGGAGCUGGGGCAGCAGCAGGAGUAACCAGCAGCAGAGGCGAUUCUUGGGGGGCAAGAGGAGGGAUGGGAGGGUAUCGGGAGGUGACCGAUUCAAGAAGGGAGUCAAUAGCAGUGGAGGAUGGGGGAGGGGCGUUUAUGGGGGUGGAGAUGCGGGAGGUGAUAGAUGAGCAGCUAGUAGGCGUACCCAUCACAGUGCAGCAGUUCCUGACAUCGUUUGAAGACCCAGCAGCCACAGCUGCUAUGAUGGAAAAAGCAGGGCAGAUGGGGGCGGAGAUCGGCGAGUGGGAGGCGGUGGAAGCUGGUAUGGGGGAUGGGAUGGGGCAGCUGGAGGGCCGGGCGGCGGGCGGCAGAGUGGGCGGCGUUCUUCGGCGCCAGCGCAGCGUCAAGUACCGAUUCUCUCGGCAGGUCCCUGUCCUCUCCCCAACCGUGACAGCGGUGCAGCAGAUGACACAGGAAGUCAGCACCCCGGGCGGCACCCCGGGCGGCACCCGGGGCGGCAGCCAGGAGGGCGGAAUCCAGUGGGCAUGUUUGGAGCAAGUGCUCACUCUCCACAGAGUGCCCUUCAGCGACAGCUUUCAGGUGAAAACAACAGAUAGCUUUCAGCGGGAUCAGCAGAACUGUUUCAGAUCGCUCGUCCGUUGCCCCCACCCCUUCUGUCCACGCAAACCACACUGGCAGUUGGAGAUCUCUCAAGAGGUCCAGGCCAAGGAGACGUUCUCUCUGCCGGGCACUGCAGCAGGCACAGAAGCGGGCACAGCAGGUGGCGAGAGCAGCCCAGCAGACACGCCCUGCUCAUCUUCAACCUCAGUAGAAGCUGCUGCAACAGCUGCCAGGGGAGCAGCCGCUGUCGCCUCGGCUCUAGUUGCUGCUGCAGGCGCACUCAAACUCACAGCACGCGGGGGGGCAGCAGCAAGCGGAACGGCAGCAGGCGACGUCGGAGGAGCAAGUGGGGAGAGAGGAACAGCUGGCGGUACAGCAGGAGCAGGGGCAGCAGGGGGGGUGUCAGGGAGCGCGGGCAGGUUACAAGAGGGGGUGUUGCAGGAUGAGAAGGUGCGGUCGGUGCUGCAUGUGCGGGUGGCAAUCGCAUGGCACAAGGAGCUUAGUGAAGCCACACGCGCCAAGAUCAAGAGCAGCAUCGGACGAUUCUACAAGCAGCAGGCACGGCGUGUGGUAGAACUUAUGGCGGCUCAGGGGAUUGAGAACGGGACAUGCUAG